ACUAUUUCAUUUCAAUCCAUAACUUGUACAGUUGUACUAGAAAAUAUUGAAAUCUGUAGAUUUCGCAUCAACUUAGAAGAUCAAAUGGAUGUAAAGCUCCCACUCUUCAGCCUCAUCAUUCUACUGGCAGCUAUUAAUGGAAAUGGAUUGCAAAAAAUGGAUAUGAAAAUUGAGCAAGUUCAUUCAUCACCCCACAUGCAUCACCACAUGGAUCCUUCAGUCAUCGUCUUCUUCUUCGUGGAGGAUCUCACGGUAGGAAACACCAUUCCCAUCUACUUCCCGAGCAGAGGACUGGACUCUGUCUCUGCUCAUUUGCUCCCAAAAGAGGAAGCCGAUUCCAUUCCCUUCUCAUCCGACCAACUCAACCACCUCCUUGAGGUCUACUCUUUCCCCCGGGGCUCGCCUCAAGCCACUGCCAUGGAGGAUACCCUCCGCCAGUGUGAGACGAAGCCCAUCAAGGGUGAGACUAAGACCUGCCCGACAUCUUGGGGUUCGAUGCUUGAUUUUGCUUCUAGCAUCAUUGGCUCAGGGACCGAGAUCAAGAUUCUGUCAACCACUCACAUCACACCAUCCAGUGCCGUUCUACAGAAGUACAAGAUCAUAGGGGUCAAGGAAUAUCCGGCUUCGAAGGUUGUGGCAUGCCAUACGAUGCCUUACCCUUAUGCUGUUUUCUACUGCCAUUACCAAGAGAGCCAGAGCAGGGUGUUUAAUGUUUCACUUACCGGAGAGAAUGGAGACCGGGUAGAAGCAGUUGCAGUCUGCCAUAUGGAUACGUCGCAGUGGAGCCGCAACCAUGUCUCCUUCAAGGUGCUCGGAAUUCAGCCAGGCUCCUCCCCAGUGUGCCAUUUCUUUCCAGCUGAUAACUUUGUCUGUGUUCCUUCGGCUGCUUUGAUGCAGCAGGCUUGAGCUUGAGCUGCUUAGUCAUAUGUACUUUUGUUAUUCAGUUUAUGUAAUGAUCUUCAAUAAAAUUGCUGGAAUAAUCCGAGAUA